CCUGACAGCACCACAGGGCUGACCUUCACGCACUUUCCUCACGACUACCCACCGUCAUGACCAUCUACGCCGAUGCGGCCCCGUCGGUGGCCGGCAGUGUCAUCAUGCUCACGACCCUGGCCUUGCUGACCUACGGGGCGCGAGUCUACUGCCGGCUAAGCCGGAAAUCCUGGGGGGUGGAAGACUGGAUCAUGUCGGUUGCCUUGGUUCCAUUUGCGGUGCUUGUAGCCGGGUGCGUCGGGGGCGCCUUCAAUGGCAUUGGCAUUCAUGAAUGGCGACUGGACGAGCCUGGAAAUGAGCAAUAUUUGGCCGCCGGAAAGAAGUUCUUCUUGAUCUUUGAGGUCGGCUAUUGCGCUGCCAUUAUCCCGAUCAAAUUGAGCAUCAGUUGGAUGUUGAUCCGGGUUGCGGAGGGGCGCAGAGCCUACCUGUACGUGCAGUACGUGGUGAUUACCAUGUUCGUGAUUAUGAACAUCAUUGCUUUGAUCUUCAUCCUGAUCAACUGCAUUCCUGUGGACGCGGCCUGGAACGACGAAGCCCUCAAGAAUGGAGGCCACUGCCAGCCCUCCUACGUCCUCGCCGACGUCUACUACGCCUGCACCGCCGUAAACAUCCUGACGGACUGGGUAACCGCCCUGCUCCCGGUGCCGCUGCUCUGGAAGGUGCAGAUCAACCGCAACACCAAGGUCUCGAUCGUUGGGCUGAUGGGCCUGGGGAUCUUUGCCUCACUAUCCGCCUGCGUCCGCCUCAAAUACACCGUAGCCCUGACCUCGCAAGCGGACUACCUCUUCGGCGUCGCCAACGUCGUGAUCUGGGGCUUCGCGGAAAACGCCCUGGGGAUGAUCGUCGGCAACACCGCCACCCUGCGCCCCUUAUUCCGCAUCUUGCGCGACCGCAAGACUUCCGACUACAAGAACUACAAACGCUCACCGGGAUUCCACAGCUCGCACCACACGGGCGCGGGGGGUGGCAUGUUCUCGCGCACCUACGAGCUCGCCGAGCAUGGCAAGAAUCCCAACCACGUUACCACGAGCACGGUCACCCAGAACGGUCGACGGAGUACCGGCAGCGAUGGGGAUAGCGAGCGGCAGAUCCUCGAGGGGGGACAGAGUCCCGGGCAGGCUGAUAUUCUGGUGAGUCGGCAGGUGAUUGUGGCUUAUGAUUGA